AUGGAGGAGAACAAGAGAAAAAGUGCUUAUGGAGCAGCCACUGCCAUGGCAAACCAUUCUUUAUUGGAAAACUAUGGGGUAAAGGACGCGAGGAUCCGGGAAAUCGCACUGGGGCUCCACAACCUUCGUCUCAAGCUCCCCGUUGACGCUCACAAAGCCCCAGUUUUGUCUACCAACGUUUUGCCAACGGAUUCUGACUGGCGCGACCAUGGUGCCGUCAUUGGCGUUAAAGAUCAGCUUCCUUUUAUGAUUCCACAUGUUAAAGCAUCUUCUCCUCCUAUAUCUUCUUCGAUCCAGAAGUUACUUUCCAACUCAUCAGACUUUUCUCUUCAAGGAUUUCCCUUGUUUAAUAUGGACCCUCCACCUCAAUCUACUUGGAUAACUAGCAGCAGCGGUGGGGAUGAUACUACUGCAAAAAUCGAAAGUAUGAUGGAGGUGGCAGGGGUGGAGCUGGGGCCUCAUCCUCAAAGGAAGUGCUUCUGGGUAUGGACAUUCCAUCUGCACACCACUACUAUGCUGCAGGCUCCAAGCCAUGGAGGUAUAUUGGUGAAGAAGAAAACAUGGACAGGGAAGACAACAAGAUGUUAG